UGGACCCGCUCAGUGUGAGUCCUGUCGACGAUCCUCGCUCAUUUUUCCAAUCACUCGCCGCGGAAGGUGUACGGAUCCGCCGUCAUGCUACCACGUCGCGUCCUCCUCGUCCUGGUUCACCUCGUGGCGGGCUGUCUGUCUCUGCCAGCGAGCUACGAUCAACGACAAACAGGCAACGUGAACGUCCAGGUCGAACUGAAGGACGUGCAAGUCCUGGCGGUGCUGAACACGGAGUUGCUCGACGAUUACACGGAAUACGACUACUUCUACGACUACGCCGAUUUCACGCUGAAACCCAUCGUCAAACCCACUAGUACCUCAACGACUGAGUCUACUACUCCAGUGUCCUCUUCGACAACCCAACAGGCUAAUGUCUCAGGGACGCCAUCCGAUUCCGUUCAGAACUCUACUCCAAGCGAAUCCUCGAAUGUUUUCGCGGUCGAGGACUCGAGUCUAGAAACCGACGAACCUCAAAACGAUAAUUCUACCUCGACGGUGGAUUUAUCGGAUGAGAACUCGACUCCAGUUACCGAAACUAGCGGAAAUUCGACCUUGGAUGACACUCCGGCGCCUUUGUCGUUAGAGAAACCAGACGAUUCGAUUAACGGGACCCUAAAGACCAGGGUCAACGACAAGACUGGGAACACGUUCGAGAGCGACGAAGAUUCGACGCCGGAGAACGCUGGAGUGGUCGUGGAUCAUCUCAUGAAGAGACUGGCCAGGAGACGGUGUCGAUCUGGAUACUCGCCCGAUGGGAAGGGUCGUUGUCGUCGACUGGGACAACAACGAUUGUCAUUCAUACCUCUGGCGAUGCAGCUGGCGCCAAAACUUCUGAACGACUUGAUGCGCAGCGCGAAGAAUCUGGAACAGGAGGAAUAUGUCAAACAAUUAUCUAACCGGUCGUUGACGGGUGGGCAAGCUCUCCCGAUCGUUCUAGUCGAUCGCCACUCGGGCGGGAAGCGUUUAUUACCCUCUCCAACGGUGAUGUUCCCUGGAUCUAUAUACGAGCUGCCAAGGAAGCGAACCGAUCUCCCACAGUCGAGGAUCAGACUUCGUGCAGCUCGGUGCAGCUCAGGAAGCAUCGUCAAGAUGGUACCCUACGCGUCUCUUCUUCUGCUGUCAGGCAUGCUGCUUGGAUCGUUCGUUCCGUGGGCAGAGGCCGCGCCGGCCAAGUACGAUCAACAGCAGACUGCCAAACGCGACAAUUGGCAAGCAACGCUCGAGAACUUCAUCUUCCUCGUCAUCGACGGAGGUGGUUCAGGGAAGUUCACGCAUGCUAUGAAGGAGGCGGUGAGUAACAUCGCUAUGAGCGCUUUGAAACCCACCAGGGAAGACGCCGAAGAGCCAGAGGACUCCGAGGAAUCAUCAGGGUCCAUGGUGUACGAGACGGAAGAGAAAUACGAGGGUAAAGAGCCUUACCACGUCGAGAUAGUCCACCUAGAGAAAGGAGAGAAGACGAGAAGUAAACGUCCUGAAAAAUUAGGGGGUUCUGAGGUCAACAGCGAGGGGAAGGUCAAGAUAGAAACGCCUCUGAAUAGUUUGGAGGGGGAGCCAACCCCGGAAGUGUCCAUCGACGCGAGGAAUUCGGAGAAGAAGACGAGGAGCCUUGGGGGGAGCGAGGAAAGCCGUGGACUGGUCAAUGGUCCAAGAGAGGAUCACGGUAACCCUACGCGCAUCAAGUACUCCACGGUGGACAAUCUCGCCCAAUCGGACGAUCUGACGGUCAGGGAGGAGGUUGCCAAAGCCACCAGACCGGGAAUGUCGCUGAAGAAGCAGCUGUCCGAAAAGGAAGAGAAGGACGCGUCCUUGAAGUCGAACGAGGGAAACGAACUGGUCAACAAGUCCCAAGAACUGGUAUUGCUGGGUGGAGGAAUCGAGAACUGUGGCCCGGGGAGGUUCAGGGACAAAUCGGGCAUCUGCCAGAACGAUGCGAAUUUUUACUGAAAUCCCUUGGGUCUAACGUACUCUGCUACUCCAUUUAUUCAUGGUGAUUGCAGCCACAACGAUUGUGAUAUGUACGCAGCGUAGUCGCAAGACGAUGGCGCUCUAUAUAACUCCAUGUAACGGAUUCGAUAGGAAUAAUUAGGAAUGAUACAUAAUACUUCGACUCGACUCGUGUGUACUCGAACACCCAUUCCAUUCUUUUAUACGUGCAUUAUUUAUAUCAUGCUCUAUUCGCACAUCUGUAUUAUAUAUAUAAGAGGAGAAAGAAAUAAAUCGCAAGUACGAACAAGCAAGCU